AUGCAAACUGCUUUUCAGCUGGCAGCCGUGCACGGCAUGCUUUACACGGGUGGUAAUGUUAUUUUCUCCCCAGAUGACUCAAUUUUAUAUUCUCCCGUGAACAACUACAUAUCAGCAAUUCAGGUCCAGCAAGAAGGGCACCGCUCUUAUACAUGCAGCAACAGUAACAUCCAGUGUUUCAACGUCUCGCCGGAUGGUGAUCUCAUCAUCGCCAUCGGCCAACGUGGACUUGGAUUCUUCUUUAGCGUCUCUUCGGAUGUCGCGCUCGAUACAAUAUCCUUCCCUCCUAGCUGUUCUGUCAGCACGGUAAAGUUCAGCCCAUGUGGUCGCUACGUUGCGCUUGCUCUUGAGAAUACGCUGCAGAUAUAUACAACCCCAGUGAAGCGAGUGGUGAGCUACCACAGUUGCCACCGCAUCGAGAAUCUGCACUCGGUUCUGUCGCGUCCUAUUCUAGGCAUCGAGUGGACUCAUGAUAGCGAGCACCUCCUCCUCAGCGGCGGGGAUGCCCGGAUGAAAAUCGUCCCGCGCCAGGGUAAGCUGCAUCUAAAGGGCUUAGCGCUCCAGCAAAAUACCUUGAUUGGGCAUCGCAGCGGGGUGGUGGGCGCGUGGUUUAUCGAUCGGGAAGGGGAACGACGGGUUGUGAGUGUGUCGAGUGAUAACGUCGCGAUAACCUGGCGUCGGACGAACGUGACGCGUCGGGAGGUGUUGCGGGAUAUUGCAACGGCGCAACUGCGCGCCCGCGUCAACGCCGAGGAGGAAAGUGGGUCGGAUAGCAGUGACGUUAGUAGCAAUCAGGGCGACGAAGAGGGUAAAAUCCCUCUCAGUUUUUUGGAGAGGCAGCGGUUGGAUCAGCUGAAGCUCGACGGGGUGCGUGUGUCCGUGGCGGAUGACAGUGGCCUGCCCGAUAUCCUUCGGUACAGCUACGAGAUUGAUAAAAAGUUCAUGCUCACUCAUAAGGGAAAUAUCUCUGUGGCCACCUUCCAUCAACCACGGGGACUCGUUGCGAUUGGCUACAGCAGCGGUAUCUUUGCUAUUCACUCGACCGAACAGUCGGAAGAGUUCACUCUUGUGCACCUACUCUCGAUCUCAGCGCAGUCACUGACCGCGGCGGCAUUUUCGCGCAACGGCGCCUUCGUGGCCUUUGGGAGUGCGCAUCUUAAGCAGCUCCUGGUGUGGGACUGGAGAGCGGAGUCGUAUGUACUCAAGGAGCAGUCUCACUACUACGAUAUCACUCGCACCGCGAUCACGGCGGACAGCAAUUAUAUCCUCUCUGGCGGUGAUGAUGGCAAAGUGAAGGUUUGGCGAGCCGCCUCAGGCCAGUGCGUGGUGAGUUUUGUCGAACACAGCGCCCCCAUCACCGGGAUCGUGACGAGCGCGGCCACAAAUGCCUUUUUUACCUGCAGCCUUGAUGGUACAGCGCGCGGCUUUGAUCUCGUGCGCUACCGUUGCUUCCGAACGUUCACGCCACCGCUGACUGAGGUCCAAACCCAGCUUUCUUGUAUUGCGGUGGAUCCAUCCGGCGAGGUCUUGGCCGUCGGGAGCAGCCACAAAAACAAAAUCUACCUCUUCUCCAUUCAGACAGGACGCGUCAUUGACGUUCUGCAGGGCCAUGAGGCACCUAUCGCUUGUCUGGCAUUUCACCCCUCUGGGACGGCGUUGACCUCCGGCUCCCUUGAUCAUAAUUUGGUGUUUUGGGACCUGUUCAGCGGCACCUCUGGUGGUGACCGGCUAAAGGGUGAUAACGAGGCGCUAAACAUAGGAACUGAGGUUUUGUGCGUGGCCUACAGCAUUAGCGGUCGCCACAUGGCUGUUCUCACCGCCAAGCAGGAAAUCUCCGUCUACGAAACGACUGUCCCGACAGAGCCGGAGCUGAUUAAGACCUUCCAGACCUCCUUCGACUCAGCUGGUGGGUGGAAGAAGGAGGUGGGUCCGAAGAGCGCCAACUACAACGCCGGCUUCACCCGCAUUGCUUUUUCCCCGGAGGGGGAGAAGAUCAUUGCUGGGGGUGAAUCCAAGUGGUUGGCAUUAUACCACGCAACUCAGGGCUACGUGCUGAAAAAGUGGCCAAUCACCGUAAACCUCGACGUUCAUGGUGCAGAGGAGCAGUACCAGUGGCGCAGUAUGACUGAAGGAGGUUUUCUUGGCGACAUCGAUGUCGACGACGACGAUGUGCAUCUCACACGGCGUAAAAUAAUGGAGAUGCCAGGAAGCCGUAACCGGCACUUUGCGACUGGCAAGCGCAAAACAGAGCUUGUAGCGCGCUGCAUGGACGUCUCAUUCGCACCAACAGGGACAUCUUUUGUAGCUGCGACCACGGAUGGCUUGCUUGUCUUUUCCACGUUGAUCUCCCGACCACGUUUCCAACCGCUACAACUGCUGAACUCUUCCAUUACUACCUCAGAGGUGCGUGCUCAGCUUGAGGGUGGACGGCCUGUGUUGGCGCUGAUGGGCGCCCUCAUUUUGGGGAAUCGUUUACUGGGCAUUGAGUGCAUGCGUAGGUUGCCACAGGAGGCGAUCCCUGUCGCUGUCACGUCGACACCCUCGGCGGCGUUCCCAUUACUUGUGCAGUGGGUUAGUGAAGAGGUCGAGAUGAGUAAGGAGUUGGAGCACUCCUUGCUCUGGGCGCAGUCUUUGUUACUGCACUCUAACGAGGGGCUCAAUACUAAGAUGAUGGUCAGCUCCUCAACCCAGAUUCAGGACCAUGGCGUGAAGGUGUUACCGGCAUUGAAGACGUUACUGAAGAGCUUAAACCGGCACCGUGAAUUGUCUCAGCUCGCACAGGAGAACUAUUUCACUCUGAAGUAUCUCAUGUCUGUUUCGCAUGUGAAGCAACAGGAUGCUAAGACAGGGUUAGAAAACACUAAAGAGAAUGAAGAACCUUCGGGCUAA